CUCCGUUUCGCCAUUUUCUUCCUCUCCACCGGCGAUCAGCGUCCUGUUGGAUUCGUGACCAACCUCUCCUGCUCUUACAAGACCUGUCAACCUAGAAUAGAUCUUCUUUGGAACCUUAACCUCCUAGACUGAAGCCUUCUUCCCUUUCUGUCUUUAGUUUUAGUGUCCUGAACGCGCCAGAAGAAUGUCUGCCUCGAGCCCCGAGUACUCACCCUUCUUCGCAGUGAUGGGUGCCUCAGCAGCAAUGGUGUUCAGUGCAUUGGGUGCUGCAUAUGGGACAGCCAAGAGUGGCACGGGCAUUGCUGCCAUGUCAGUGAUGCGACCGGAGCUGAUCAUGAAGUCCAUCAUUCCCGUGGUCAUGGCGGGUAUCAUUGCCAUUUACGGCCUGGUGGUGGCUGUACUCAUUGCCAACAACAUCUCUCCCACAGUCACCCUCUACAAGAGUUUCUUGCACCUCGGUGCCGGGCUGAGCGUGGGUCUUAGUGGUCUUGCGGCUGGCUUCGCCAUUGGUAUCGUGGGUGAUGCAGGAGUGAGGGGCACAGCCCAGCAGCCUCGUUUAUUUGUGGGGAUGAUCCUUAUCCUCAUUUUCGCUGAGGUUCUGGGGCUUUAUGGGCUAAUUGUUGCUCUUAUCCUGUCCACCAAGGGUUAAUCGUUGCUCUUAUCCUCUCUUACACAUGAACAACCAUCAACCACACACACACAGACGCACCAACACAAACAUCCUCCUAAUGAUACACAUUGAGUAAUUUCACCACCCGAAACGAUGAGAGGAUUUUUUUUUUGCGUGCAUGCGUGUAUCGUGAGUGUGCUGUUUGCAAGUGAAUGUGUGAUUGAACCUCCUCUCUGUGUAUAGUAGCCUGAUGUGUGUUCCCCUGUAAAUGCGCUGUGUAGCUAUUGCUCUCGUCCUGUGUGUGUGUUUAAAUAGAUGCCCUCUUUCUCCUAUGCUACACUUGUUUGUCAUCCUUUUAUUUUGUCAGUUUUAUUAUUGUUUAAAGAACAAAUCAACUGUCAUUUUGUUUUCUCACUUUUGGGACCAUUUAAAUUGACACUGAUGUUGAGGACCUAAAUGUAUAAAAGAUGGAUUAUUACUGUUUGUUUUGUUUCUGCUGAUUAUUUAUGAAGAUUUUGAGAUGUUCAUUAAACAGUUUAAAUGGAUCAAAGUCUUUAUUGAUGACCUGAUUAUCUAAAUGAAUUAUGUGAGUGUGUGUGUAUCAGAAAUAUACAUAUAUAUCUGUAUAGGUAGGUGAAUUGCUCGGUGGGAAAUUUGUUGAGUUCCUCUGGGUAUGUUAAUCAUUGAUUGCCAUGGAGACCAUUGUCUUAAGGUAUUGAUGUGCAAGUUUACUAAGUGUGAAAUGAAUGAAUGCACACGUGUGUUUAUGAGCGAGUGUGUAUGUUUUAACUCUUACCAUGACAUUCUUCAGAGGUGUAGCGUUUUACCUGUAGUUGAUACUGUUUCUGGUUCCAUUAAUGGGUGAACACCAGCGCAGCUUGUCCAGUUUCCGAAUAAAACUUCCUCAACCUAA